GUCCGGUCUUCAGUCUGUAAGUUGAAAUGCAAGAGCAACUGGAUUAUGCAGCAAGACAAUGAUAAAAAGCACAGGAGUAAGUCCACCACUGAAUGGUUCAAAAAAGUAUGUUAUUAUAUUGAUAGAGUAUUUUCUGGUUAUGAUACUUGUUCUGGUUUAUUGGUUUAUGCCUUUGUGUUUUGCCCUGGUUACUGUGUUUGCACAUCUCCUGACUGUUGCCUGUAUCUUCACUUUGAUCUUGCCUUAUGUUUUGGAUUUGUUUGCAUGUUGUAGGAAAAAAGCUCUUAACCUGCAACUCACCAUCUCCGCCACCUGCCAUUGUGCUGAGGCUUAAAUCAGGGGUCUUCAAUCCUGGUCCUGGGAACUCACCACUUUAGAAAACAUCUCCUUUAUUUAACACCUAAUUCAGAUCAUCAACUCGUUAGGAGAGAGAUUCAUGAACUGAGCUGUGUCAGAUAAGAGAGACAAACAAAAUGUGCAUUGCUGUGGGACCAGGACUGAAAACCACUGGCUUAAAUCAUUAUUUGUGAAAAAAAUAUGUUUCUUAUAUUUUACAGGUUAUUUGUACAUUAAAUAAAUAAAAAAUAGUGUUACACCUUUAACCACUUUUUCCCCCCACAGAUUUUGUCUUGGCUUUAUUACUUUCAUUAUUUGUCUAUCUUAUGUGAUUUGUUACUCACUACGCUAGGAAGAUGUUCUGUCUAACACUUAUUCAAAGUCAUUAUACAAUCAUCUGUACACAACAAAUUAUAUUAGCAUUCACAUUACUCUUUUUGGAUCUAAUUAUAUCUGAGUUCUAGAAUGAUGAAGAGACAGAGAUCAGACUCACCAGAACCCAGCUGUGUGUCCAUGAACAGUGAUGAGUCAAUCGAUCGUUCAAUUAAGUUCAGAGAUGGAGAAAGUUCUACUGAUGUGAGACCACAAAAGAAGAAAUCAAAGAGAAAUGAGUUGGAUUCCAUAUUUAAGGAGCUGGAAGGCAAAGUCAUCACUCUGAUAAAGACUGAGCUGAAGAGGUUUAAGAAGCUCCUGAAUCCAGAUUACCCAGCAUGCACUGAGAGGCAGUGGGGGGAUGAGGAGGAUCUGCACAGUGUCAGAGAGGGAGCGCUGAAGAUCACACUGCACGUCCUGAAGAACAUGAACCUCACAGAUCUCGCUAACACACUGCACAACAAGCUGUACCCAGUGAUUGCGUAUCAGCAAACAUUAAAAUCCAACCAGAGAGAAAAAUGCAAACGAGUUAAUGAAGGAAUCUCACAGCCUGGAAGCUCAGCACUUCUGAAUGAGAUCUACACAGAGCUUUACAUCACAGAGGGUUGGAGUGGAGACGUCAAUAAUGAACAUGAGGUGAGACAGAUUGAGACAGCGUCCUGGAGACCAGCAACACAGGAGACACCCAUCAAAUGUAAUGAUCUCUUUAAAGACAAGUCCAUCAGAACUGUACUGACUAAAGGAGUUGCUGGAAUUGGAAAAACAGUCUCUGUGCAGAAGUUCAUUCUGGACUGGGCUGAAGGAGAAGCAAAUCAGGACAUCACCUUCAUGUUUCCACUUCCCUUUAGAGAGCUGAAUCUGAUGAAGCAGGAACAUCUCAGUCUGAUGGAUCUUCUUCAUCACUUUUUCCCAGAAAUGAGAAAAAUAGAAUUAAAAGACUGUGACUCCUACAAAGUCCUGUUGAUCUUUGAUGGUCUGGAUGAGUGUCGACUUCCUCUAAAUUUCCAGAAGAAUACGAGAUUGUGUGAUGUGACAGAGUCAGCCUCAGUGGAUGUGCUGCUGACGAACGUCAUCAAGGGGAAUCUGCUUCCCUCUGCUCUCCUCUGGAUAACCUCUCGACCAGGAGCAGUCAAUCAGAUCCCUUCUGAGUGUGUAGACCAGGUAACAGAGGUACGAGGGUUCAGUGAUCCUCAGAAAGAGGAGUACUUCAGGAAGAGGAUCAGUGAUCAGAGCCUGGCCAAUAAAAUCAUCACACACAUGAAGUCUUCAAGAAGCCUCCACAUCAUGUGCCACAUCCCAGUCUUCUGCUGGAUCUCAGCCACUGUUCUAGAGAGGAUGUUGGGUGAAGCAGAGAGUAAAGAGAUCCCCAACACUCUGACUCAAAUGUUCACACACUUCCUGAUCUUUCAAAUCAAACACAAGAACCAAAAGUACUAUCAGAAAUGUGACCCUGAUCCUCAGCAGACCAGAGAGAGUAUCCUGGCAUUGGGAAAACUGGCUUUCCAACAGCUGGAGAAAGGAAACCUGAUCUUCUAUGAGGAAGACCUGAGAGAGUGUGGCAUUGAUGUUAGAGAAGUGUCAGUGUACUCAGAAGUGUGUACCCAAAUCUUCAGAGAGGAGUUUGGGCUUCACCUGGGGAAGGUGUUCAGCUUUGUACAUCUGAGUGUUCAGGAGUUUCUGGCUGCUUUAUACGCAUUUCUCUCCUUCAUCAGCAGAAAUGUAACAGAACAUCAAACCACUGAUCUGUCUGAUCUUUUCACCAAAUCAAAUAUGUCUGAUCUCCUCAGGAGUGCAGUGGACAAGGCCCUACAGAGUGAGAACGGACACCUGGACCUGUUCCUCCGCUUCCUUCUGGGUCUUUCACUGGAGUCCAAUCAGACUCUCUUACGAGGCUUAAUGCCACAGACAGGAAGCAGCUCUCACAGCAAACAGGAAAUAGUCAAGUACAUCAAGGAGAAGAUCAGGGAGAAUCCAUCUCCAGAGAAAUCCAUCAAUCUGUUCCACUGUCUGAAUGAACUGAAUGAUCAUUCUCUAGUGCAGGAAGUACAAACUUACCUGAACAAAGGAGAUCAAGGGUGUCUCACAGGAACCAGACUCUCUCCUGCUCAGUGGUCAGCUCUGGUGUUUGUGUUACUGAACUCAGAAGAGGAGCUGGAUGAAUUUGAUUUGCGUAAAUAUGACACAUCAGAUGAAUGUUUUCUGAGACUGCUGCCAGUGGUCAAAGCCUCUAGAAAAGCUGUGCUGCGUCAGUGUAAUCUGACAGAAGAAAGCUGUAGAGGCCUCUUCUCAGUUCUCAACUCAAACUCCUCCAAUCUGAGUGAAAUUAACCUGAGUCACAAUAACCUGCAAGAUUCCGGAAUGAAGCUGCUCUCUGCUGGACUGAAGAAUCCAUAUUGUAAACUGGAGAAACUGUGGGUGUGUGAUUGCAACAUUACAGAUGAAGGUUGUGCUGCUCUGUCUUCAGCUCUGAGGUCAAACUCCUCAUCAAACCUGACUGAACUGAAUCUGUACGAUAAUAAAACAGGAGAAUCAGGGAUGAAGCUGCUCAAUGAUCUACUGGAGGAUCGACACUGUAAACUGAAGACACUAUAUGAAGUGUGUGCUGAUACUGGAAAAGGAGACAUGACCUUCAACAUGAGUGUGUCUGGAAAACAGGACUUAAAGAAAAACGAGGGAGUGAUGGUAGGAAAGAGAUCAGACUUGCCAGAACCCUGCUGUGUGUCUAUGAAGAGUGACCAAUCAAUGAGAGAGCCAGUUAAGUUCAGAGAUGGAGACUGUUCUACUGAUCAGAGAAUGAUGGAGGGGAAGAGAUCAGACUCACCAGGACCCAGCUGUUUGUCCAUGAAGAGUGAUGAGUCAAUGGAUCAUCCAAUUGAGUUCAGAGACAGAGACAGAUCUACUGAUGUGAGAAUGAUGGAGGGGAAGAGAUCAGACUCACCAGAACCCAGCUGUUUGUCCAUGAAGAGUGAUGAGUCAAUGGAUCAUCCAAUUGAGUUCAGAGACAGAGACAGAUCUACUGAUGUGAGACCACAAAAGAAGAAAUCAAACCUCAGCAGAAAACAGUUGGAGUCCAUAUUCAAGGAGCUGGAACACAACAUCAUCACUCUGAUGAAGAAUGAGCUGAAGAGAUUUAAGAAGCUCCUGAGUCCAGAUUAUCCAGCAUGCACUGAGAGGGAGGUGGAGGAUGAGGAGGAUCUGCACAGUGUGAGAGAGGGAGCGCUGAAGGUCACACUGCACGUCCUGAAGAACAUGAACCACACAGAUGUCGCUAACACACUGCACAACAAGCUGCAUUCAGUCUUUGCAUAUCAGCAAACAUUAAAAUCCAACAUGAUCGAAAAAUGCAAAAGAAUUAAUGAAGGAAUCUCACGGCAUGGAAGCUCAGCACUUCUGAAUGAGAUCUACACAGAUCUCUACAUCACAGAGGGUUGGAGUGGAGACGUCAAUAAUGAACAUGAGGUGAGACAGAUUGAGACAGCAUCCAGGAGACCAGCAACACAAGAGACACCCAUCAAAUGUAAUGAUCUCUUUAAAGACAAGUCCAUCAGAACUGUAUUGACUAAAGGAGUUGCUGGAAUUGGAAAAACAGUCUCUGUGCAGAAGUUCUUUCUGGACUGGGCUGAAGGAAAAGCAAAUCAGGACAUCACCUUCAUGUUUCCACUUCCCUUUAGAGAGCUGAAUCUGAUGAAGCAGAAAAAUCUCAGUCUGAUGGAUCUUCUUCAUCACUUUUUCCCAGAAAUAAGAAAAAAACUAGAAUUAAUAAUCUGUGACUCCUACAAAGUGCUGUUGAUCUUUGAUGGUCUGGAUGAGUGUCGACUUCCUCUAAAUUUCCAGAAGAAUGAGAGAUUGUGUGAUGUGACAGAGUCAGCCUCAGUGGAUGUGCUGCUGACAAACCUCAUCAAGGGGAAUCUGCUUUCCUCUGCUCUCCUCUGGAUAACCUCUCGACCAGGAGCAGUCAAUCAGAUCCCUCCUGAGUGUGUAGACCAGGUAACAGAGGUACGAGGGUUCAAUGAUCCUCAGAAAGAGGAGUACUUCAGGAAGAGGAUCAGUGAUCGGAGCCUCGCCAAUAAAAUCAUCAGACACAUGAAGUCUUCAAGAAGCCUCUACAUCAUGUGCCACAUCCCAGUCUUCUGCUGGAUCUCAGCCACUGUUUUAGAGAGAAUGUUGGGUGAAGCAGAGAGUGGAGAGAUCCCCAAGACUCUGACUCAAAUGUUCACACACUUCCUGAUCUUUCAGAUUAAACACAAGGACCAAAAGUACCAUCAGAAAUGUGACCCUGAUCCUCAGCAGACCAAAGAGAGUAUCCUGGCACUGGGAAAACUGGCUUUCCAACAGCUGGAGAAAGGAAACCUGAUCUUCUAUGAGGAAGACCUGAGAGAGUGUGGCAUUGAUAUCAGAGAAGUGUCAGUGUACUCAGGAGUGUGUACCCAAAUCUUCAGAGAGGAGUUUGGGCUUCACCUGGGGAAGGUGUUCAGCUUUGUACAUCUGAGUGCUCAGGAGUUUCUGGCUGCGUUAUACACAAUUCUCUCCUUUAUCUUUAAAAGGAAAAAUGUGUUAGUGGAGCAAAACCAUAGCAUUUUCAAUUUAAUUAGAAAACCAAACAUUUCUGAUUUCCUGAAGCAUGCAGUGGACAAAGCCUUGCAAAGUGUGAAUGGACACCUGGACCUGUUCCUCCGCUUCCUUCUGGGUCUCACACUGGAGUCCAAUCAGACUCUCUUGCAAGGCUUAAUGCCACAGACAGGAAGUAGCUUUCAUAGCAAACAGGAAACAGUCAAAUACAUCAAGGAGAAGAUCAGGGAGAAUCCAUCUCCAGAGAAAUCCAUCAAUCUGUUCCACUGUCUGAAUGAACUGAAUGAUCAUUCUCUAGUGCAGGAAGUACAAACUUACCUGAACAAAAAAGAUUACUAUUGUCUCAGUGGAACUAAUCUCUCUCCUGCUCAGUGGUCAGCUCUGGUGUUUGUGUUACUGAACUCAGAAGAGGAGCUAGAUGAGUUUAAUUUGGGUAACUAUGAUCCAUCAGAGGAAUGUCUUCUGAGGCUGCUGCCAGUGGUCAAAGCCUCCAGAAAAGCUGAGCUGUGUUUGUGUAAUCUGACAGAGGAAAGCUGUAGAGUUCUGUCCUCAGUUCUCAGUUCAAACUCCUCCAGACUGAGAGAACUGAACCUGAGUAACAAUAACCUGCAGGAUUCAGGAGUGAAGCUGCUCUCUGCUGGACUGGAGAAUCCACACUGUACACUGGAGAUACUGAGUCUGCGUGUGUGUAAUCUGACAGAGGAUAGCUGUAGAGUUCUGUCCUCAGUUCUGACCUCAAACUCCUCCAGACUGAGAAAACUGGACCUGAGUAACAAUAACCUGCAGGAUUCAGGAGUGAAGCUGCUCUCUGCUGGACUGGAGAAUCCACACUGUACACUGGAGAUACUGAGGAUGUACAAAUGCAGGAUUACAGAUGAAGGUUGUGUUGCUCUGGCUUCAGCUCUGAGGUCAAACUUCUCAUCACACCUGAGAGAGCUGGAUCUGAACGAUAAUCAAACAGGAGAAUCAGGAGUGAAGCUGCUCAAUGAUCUCUUGACCGAUACACACUGUAAACUGGAGAAACUAGUCAUUAAGACGUAUCACCCUAUGGCUCAGUCCACCAGUACUGACCGGGGUCCUCAAACCUCAAACCUGUUUUCCAGGGUAAAGCAGUUUUGGUGAACUGUUAAAACCCAUCCCACAUUUCCAGCUGUUUGGGAGCUGAAUCAUUUAUAUUCAGAUGUAGAAGUUCCAUAACAAUAACUGAUCAAAUCAUUUUAUCCACUCAGUUACAAGUUAUUUCAGACUUUAAUAACAUAGUUUACAAUCCAAAAUCCAAUCCCUGAGCAUCUACACACAACACAGAGAUAUCAUCACGUCAUCACAAUGAUUACACAAAUACACAUCCAUGCAUUGCUCUUAAUCUAUAUCUGUUUUUACAUGAACGCUGUUUUUGUGAAUUAUCAUUUUGAAUCAUCCAGAUACAUCACAGAAAUCUGUAGUUAGAUAGAGAGACAGAGAGAGCUCACCUCUCACCUCAGACCAGCAUGCUUCUAGUACCAGAUUUGAACCAUAUUUCAUGGACAAUAAGUAGAUAUUUUAUGGUAGAAAAGUGCAGAAUGGUUCCAGCACUGGCACUUUACUGCAAUAUAAAAAUGCACACAUUAUUCAACAUGGAUAUGUGUGUAUUGUGAAUGAUCAUUUUGUAUAGAAAACAGAUCUCUAAUAAAGUGUCCAUCUUGUACUAUUAUUUAUUUUUCUAUUGUUAUUUAUGUCCCCAUAAUGUCAUAUUUCCAUGAAUGUGUGUUUGUAAAUUGCAAUGUUGUAUAUAAACCAGGUGUCUACUAAUAUGUACAUGUUGUACAAAUAUCCCCACAAAGCCAUAGUGUGAUCUGUGUCCCCAUAUUUCCAUGACUAUGUGUGUAUUUUUGUGUGUCUAUUCUGGUGGUGAUGUAAUUGGUACAAUAGUACUCCCAUCCACUAAUAAGUCAAGAGAGAAGGGCACAAUCGAUGGUGCUAUAGCUAUAGAACACUGUUCAAAUUGUGGCCAAUAUUCUUCUGAAAUGUAAGUCAUACAGUAAAGUUAUUUUUGUUUGAUUACUUUUGUUCUCUCAAACAAAAAAGCCAUAAGAAUUGUUUAGUUCCACCUGCUUAUAUUUGUGACUAAUUUGCAUAAUCUGUAUUCCAAGGAUCUUCACAAAAUUGGUGCCAAACUGGUGAGCAGAGACUUAGUCUCUGAGAGAGAGAGAUAUAAUUGUUGAAAAGUGAAAGUAUUAGACU